AUGAUUCCAUAUUUUCGGAUUUUCUGUUUCUUUUGUAUCUGGACAUAUGUCGAUGCGCAGGAAAAGAGGAAAGCUUUUGCUGAAAAGUUAAUUAACGAAACUCUCACAAAGCAAUUCAAACCUCCCGAAAUUACUCCUAUAACCGAUGCUGUUCUGGAUGAAAUAAUCAAAAAAACUCCAUAUAAAGAUGUUGACUUUAAAACCAUCGUACUUGAAAAAGGGCCACCAGGAAAGGCUCUUCUCAUCGCCAAUAUAAAAAACGAUGUGGAUAAGUGUCUCAAAGACAAAGGUCUUUCUAUAAAAGCUGAAGAUGUCAUCAAAAUAGCUACUCCCCCUAUCGAGAAAACUGCAAAACCUCUAUAUGUAAAAUACGUCGACCUAGCAGCUAAGAAUAAAAAAAAUUCUGCCGUCAGAAGCGUUCUCUACGAACAAGGUUUGAAAGAUCUCACUCAAGAUCUGGUAAAAACCAUAAUUUCGAAUGUCGCAAAAGAAAAGGAUAUGAAAUGUCCGAUACUGCAAUGCGUUGUGGAAUAUGUUAGUGUAGCAAUUAAGUUCGGAAAAAAUGUUCAAAAGGCCAAUUGCAAACUUCCUAAAACUUGA